CAUUUUAUUGCCAAUCGAUGAUUUGAUGUCCGCUCCACUACAGAUGGACGCGUGAGCAAUAUUUCACGCACAUUUUGGCACACGUAUAAAGGAAUAAUGACAGUUUUUUGACCUCCCCCCUCCCCAGCCACCAGCCAUUCUGUGACUUGCCAUUUUGCUUUUUAUAAACUUAACGGAAAUUCGAGCCAGUGUAGCUAAAGAUGUCAGCCUGCAACAGCGACAAAUGCAGCCAAAACCAACUGGAGGAUAAAAACCAGCCGCUGGCCAUUAACCCCGAGGAGGGAAUCGUGAUAACGCACUAUGUGAAUCCGCAUCUGUUCUGCUACACAACAUGGCUGCAGCUGGCGGCUGGCGGUGUCAGGGUUAACCGCAUGGAGUCGCAACUGUCGCCGCAUUGUCACGUCGACAACCAGCGGGAGUUCUACGUCCCGGAUCAGCAUGUCAUCGUGAGCAGGUGCAAACUUUUGCGUGGCCUCGUUAUUGUUGGCAAGCACGCCGAGUAUCUGGUAUGGGCAUUGGAUUAUGGCUUCUUUAUCAAAUGCCAGCCCAAAGAUAUGUGGCUGCUGCCGCCAAGCCUGUGCCAAAAGCACAUCCACUUUCAGUGGGGUGGCGUGGCCCAUGUGGCGCCCAACAGCGGCACUGAAUGGUCCAACAGGGCAGUUCGCUUGCUUGACCAGCGACUGCUGGAGGCCCAGUUGCUGGUUUACAAGAAUCUGUACCAAAAUGAGGAGCAGCACAACAAUGGUCAACUACUGAUCAAGUCUGCACAGCAUGGUGGCACUUUUGUGGAUGCUGCCAGCUAUCUGGUGGACUCUGAAUGUGGACGCCCGGAGCUAAGCUCAGAAGCCAGUACGAGAGCUGUCUAUGACAAACAUCUGUUGGAGUUGAACCAUUCAGAUAUUGAGACUAGUUGCUGCUCUACGGUUUUUAUGGAACUCGUGGAAAGGCUGUUCUCCAAAAUGCCGGAUAUGUUAGACGUUGGACUCGAUCCCGGAGCAGCGCCAAAAAUGCCAGAAUCCGCAAAGCGUCUGACCAAGGUGAAAAGCUGCAAUGAUAGCGUUGUGGAGACGGCGCUAAUAGGAGGCUCAAGGAAAUCAACCAGUGGCUCAAGCAGCAACAGCAGCAACUGGUCCUUGAAUAGUUUUGAUGCUUCAGUUGAUCCAAUGCAAGCAAAACCAGCAACAGCAAUACAAAUCAAACGAUACAAUUUGGAGAUGUUUAGGCAGCCAAGAAGAAAUGAAGAAAAGUCCACUAAGCUGAAGGAAAAUCCCUGUGUGCUGAACCUAAUUGAAGAAGAUCGAAAAAAUGUGAAAAGCGAUUGCCAAUCUUCAGCUACCCGUCAAGAAUCAUUGGAGAAGCAUAAGAUUAUUCAAUCUGAGACCAAUAACCAGUUGGAAUCACAUCAGAAACUGCAGGCUAACCUAGAACAGAAAUAUAAUCAAUUUGGUACUUCAACUGGUGCUUACUAUGCUGAUAAGGGGCUCAUUCACAUCAAAGAGGAACCGCAAAUGCAUCAAGCUUCUAUUCAAGAGCCAGAUGCAUUGCAGCCAAAUAAAAUUGACCAACCUGUGAAUAAUAUUCAGGCGGAAUUAGUUAAGAAAUUGGCAGAUCAAACCGAUAAAGUGGAAGGCAAGCAAGCUAAUAAGAAAUCAAAUAAGAACCGACAAACACUUUCCAAGUCCAUAUUUGAAGGCAUCCAUAAUGAAACCAGUUCUUCGUUGAACUGCACAAAUCUUGUGCUGGCACACAGCACAGCUCCAGUUGCGGCCAUGCGAUCCUGGCCAGAGUCACAGCUCUGCGCAAACACAAUGAAGGCCUUGGUGGAGCUGAAGUUGCUAACGGCGCUGCCCACACAACUGUAUGCUUGGCCCCAUCUGAUGGCGGGCAACUCGCUGGUGCUGAUCGAUCGCAUUGGCAGCGGUCGCUCCAUGUGCUAUCUGCCCGCUUUGUGCUCGUUGGUCAUGGGCAGCAUGGCAGCCUGGAAUACACCCGGCAUGGGACCAUUAGCUGUGCUGCUGGCGGACUCGGUGGCCAAUGCACAAACGCUGUCCAAUCAGUGCAAUAUCCUGAUGGCAGGCCACGACACGAGCAUGGUGAAGGUGCUCAACACACAUGCCCAGUGCAUGGAGGAGGUGCACUUGAUGCUGCUCAAUUCAUGUGGCAUUUUGGUUACCACAGUGACGCAUUUGUGGCAACUGUUGCGCCAUGCCAUUCAACUGAUCGAUACGCAACGCCUCAAGUAUUUCAUCUUCGAUGAUUAUGAUCGCAUGCGAAGUACGGCGCCAGACUUGCUAAAUGAGGUGCUCCAGUUGCUGCACAACAUUAAGAUACCACAGCUAAUCCUCGUGGCUCAGCAGUGGCAUGGACGUGUUUUCCAUGAACUGCUCAAGCGAUUUGGUCAGCAUCAUCUUCUCCUCUUUGGCGACUUCCUGGAGGCAGCCGUCUACGGCGGCGUCAAAAUAAACGUGGCCGUUCAGCCCAGCGGCAAGAAGACACAGCAGCUACUCGACUAUCUGGCCAACCAAAGGCCACUGCAGAGACGCACACUUGUCUACUGCAAAAACGAGGCGGAGCUGAAAAAGCUGCAACAUGCGCUGACAGCAGCUGGACAUGAAUGCAUCGGCCCAAGCGACGCAGCUAAUCAGCAGUUCCGUCAGCUGCUUUUGCUUACGGAUGAGGGUCAACAAAGCCAUGUAUCCGUUGCGAAUUAUGAGCUAAUUGUUCACUACAGCCUGCCCGAGUCCUGGUCAAAGUUCUCAUAUCGUUUCCAUGCGAUCAGCAACAACAUAGCCAACUGUUUGGCUCCACCGAUAUCGAAGCAGGACAUGGUCUCCUAUGUGAUGCUGGACGAGAGCAAUAGCAACGAGCUGCCGCGUCUUGUGCAGUUCUUCAAUGCCCAUCACAUUGAAUCGAACGAGCAACUUAAACAACUGGAUGCCAGUUGUCGCCAGCUCAAGGAUCACAGUCGUCCCUUCUGCCCUGAAAUGCUGUACAACGGCGAGUGUCGUCAAUUCUACUGCAACAAACGGCAUGACGCAGUCAGUGAAGACUUUCAGCGACCGAUUUGCGCUCUGUGGCAGCCAGGGACCGUUGUGCGCUGCAACCUUAUGACAAUUUAUGAUCCAGGCCACUUUGCUGUUAUGGCUGUGAGCUACAAGGAUAAGGACAGCACAGCCUGGCGGGAUGCAUCCAAUCUUUCAACACUGCGCAAACUGAGCACAUCUCUCUACAUACACAUGAGCUGCGAGGAGAAUUGUCGCACCAAGCAAAACCUGAGAAUGUCAGAUGUGUGUGUUCUGCGUCGAGGUGGCAGUUACCAGCGGGUGCGCGUUGUGGACAUGUCGGACAAGCGACUUAUCACCGUCCAACUAAUGGAUGAGGGCACAGAACAGCUGAAAGUUAAACCCACAGAAUUACUAGAGUGCGAUGCUCGAUUCAUAGAGGAACCUGCCCUGGCUAUGGAUGUGAGGUUGCUCGGCUUGGCGCCAUCGAUUGGUGAGGGCGAUUGGCCAGCGGAAGCUAAAAAGUGGGUCAGCGAUGUGGUAAGUGGCCUCAACGAUAAUCAGCAUUUGCAACUGAUUGUGGAAUUCGCCAUGCUCGAUGUUGUCUACGCCAAGGAAAUGGCUGUGGUUCAGGACUGCCCCACAAUGAGAACCUGUGUGAGAGUGACCCAACUAGCCUGUGAGCUAAUCCGUCAAGGAUUUGGCAAGCGAGAUGAGCAGAGCAUCCGAAAGUUGCAUAAAUUGCAUGAGAAGACGGAAAUGGAACAGCGUCAGCUAACAGAAGCAUCCAAAGCGUCUGCAGCGGAGCAAGAGAUAAUUGAGCUAUCUCUGGAGAUAGAUAAUUCUCCAGAAGAAAAAAUUAUAAAUGAGACAAUUGCAACAGUUAACGAAAGCAAAUUGAGCUAUAUUUAUGGUUUAAUGAAGCGAUACUUAAAAAAUCGAGUUGUUGCAGUUCCAGGAGGGGCAGCCACUUCGAUUACGAGUGAUCAAGUGCAAUCUUUGCACUCAAAAGAAGAACCCAACACGACAACAAAAGCAAGGCAAGACGAAGCGGACGCGGAUAGUGUUGCAACAUUUAUUGAUGCACUGCUGCAGGAUCUGAACAGUGAUGAUCCGUCAGUGCGGGCUGCCACACAGCACAUGCUGCACGAUAUGCUCGGCAGCGAUGAGGCGAGUUCUCUCACAACCGGCAAUCUUAAAAACACACUCAAAAACAACUCAAGAGCAAUAACCGAAUCGAAGUCAAAAAUCAAGCUUGAUGCUCUGUAUUAUGGCGUAAUCGCUGGGCAUGCUGUGCGGCCCAAGGUGCGUUGGCAUCAGACACUGCUGCAGAUUGAGCUGAUUUUUGAGCAGCAAGUGCCGCAAUAUCAGCUCCUGCAUCAGGGCAAUGUGCUGAUAUAUCAGGUCAAAGAUACAACACCAAUCCAACGGUGCAUUCUCAAUCUGCUGGGCGAGGUGCGUAUUUUGUCAGAGCGUCAGCAUGGUUACCAGUUGCAUGUAAAACUGGCCAAGCAGGGCCUCAACGUGUAUUGGCCCAGUUUACUCAACUCAUUGUAUGCGCAGCAGCAUAGCCACUGGCUGGUCUACGACACGGAGCGAGCCAAGCCGCCCCCAAAAACUAUGGCGCACAUCCAUUGGAAGCGAUAUCAGCGUUAUCAGUACCAGGAGAAAGACGGCGACGACGAUGGCAUCUUCUCUUCGACGGAUGAGCAGAACGAACUAUCCGAUGAAGAUUGGAUGGAAAGCGAUAAUAUUUAAUUAAAUUGAUAUUUAAGUAUAACUUUUUUUGAGUUGUUGACAUGGGUUGCUCUUUCAUUCUUUUGAUAUGCAAAGGAAAAGAUUUUAUUGAUGAUUAUAUGUAGCUAAGAGCAAUAAUUAAAACCAUUUCCUAACUAAUAUUUCUUUGUGUCAAUGUGUUUAUAUACUUGUUUAAUAUGUAGAGUGGUUUUCUGAUGUUUAAUUUCAUACUUUAUUAAAUGCUUUUAUACAAUUAUUUCUGACAAUUUAAA